AUGGUUACGUUUAAAAGUUUGCAAAGAUGUGGAAAAAGCUGUAGGUUAAGAUGGACGAAUUAUCUUAAGCCUGACAUUAAAAGAGGCAAGUUUUCUUCUGAAGAGGAAGAAACAAUCAUUAAACUUCAUAGUAUAUUGGGAAACAAAUGGUCAACAAUUGCAGCUCGUUUACCUGGAAGAACUGAUAAUGAAAUAAAAAACUUUUGGAACACCCACAUCAGGAAAAGGCUUCUUCGAAUGGGAAUUGAUCCGAUCACUCACAAAACUCGACUUGAUAUUCUUGCUCUUUCAUCCAUUUUGAACUCGUCUAUUUACAAUUCGCCUCAAAUGAACUUGUUGAGGAUCCAACCCAUGGUUAACCCUGAAUUGUUGAGGUUAGCGGCUUCACACCUCUCAUCCCACGGCAAUCAAAACCCUAACUUCAUUCACCAAAAAGACCAGCUUGAAAAUACCCUACAACUUCAAGAAAACCAUCAUUUAGUCCAAGAUCAAACCCUAAUUCAAGAAAUGUCAACUUGUGCUUCAUUGAGUACACCUACGUGUGUUGUUACAUCUUCAUGUGAAACAUCCAAGCUCAUACAACCCAAUGUAAACGAAUUUCCUUCAAGUAUUUCUGAUUUUAAACCUCAAACUUAUCCAUAUAUUGAUAUUUUAACUUGUAAUAAUCUUGAGAACUUCGUCACCUUAUAUGACAACUAUGGAUAUCACAUUAAUCCUCAAUCGAAUGUCAGCAACAAAUUCUGCCUCACGUCAAGUUUCGUGAAUUCUUCAACAGCUUCAUCAAGCUCAACUCUUAUGAACUCGAUUUCUAAUUCAACUUACAUCGAUGGGAGCACCAGAGAAGAAGAUAGAGAAAUAAGAAACUGUAAUAAUUUGUUUAAGUCUGAAUUCCAAGAACUAUUGAAUCCUUAUUAUGUAAGUGAUGAUUAUAUGUUGGUUCAAAUCAAUAAUAAUUUGAAGGGUUUUUGA